CCGGAGCUGCUGCGUGAGCGUGGUGCGCCUGAGAACACGGGCAGGGCGGCCCGCGGAGCCGGGAGCGGGGCCGAGGCUCUGAGACGCGGCGGCGCGGCUGCCGGCUGGAUGGGAAGUUAAUGUUUACCGCGAAGUCCACCCAACGUUUCCAAGGUGGCGACAGACAAGGUUGCAGAAAAGCUGAGUUCUACUCUCUCAUGGGUGAAGAACACAGUAUCGCAUACAGUCAGUCAGAUGGCCAGUCAGGUGGCAAGUCCAUCUGCUUCAUUACACACUACAUCCUCAUCUACCACACUAUCAACACCAGCCCUGUCACCAUCUUCCCCAUCACAGUUGAGUCCAGACGACUUAGAACUCCUGGCUAAACUGGAGGAACAAAAUAGAUUGUUAGAGACGGAUAGUAAGUCUUUAAGAUCUGUAAAUGGGUCAAGAAGAAACAGCGGCUCCUCCCUUGUAUCAAGUUCAUCAGCCUCUAGCAAUCUCAGCCACCUUGAAGAAGAUUCUUGGAUUCUUUGGGGAAGAAUUGUUAAUGAAUGGGAAGAUGUACGCAGAAAGAAGGAAAAGCAAGUUAAGGAACUUGUUCGUAAAGGGAUACCCCACCACUUUAGAGCAAUAGUUUGGCAGCUUUUAUGCAGUGCACAAAGUAUGCCAAUUAAGGAUCAGUAUUCAGAACUUCUGAAAAUGACAUCACCUUGUGAAAAGUUGAUCCGAAGGGACAUUGCUAGAACUUAUCCUGAACACAAUUUUUUUAAGGAAAAAGAUAGCCUUGGACAGGAAGUUUUAUUUAAUGUAAUGAAGGCAUAUUCUUUAGUGGAUCGUGAGGUUGGUUACUGUCAAGGAAGUGCUUUUAUAGUUGGAUUGCUGCUUAUGCAGAUGCCAGAAGAAGAAGCUUUCUGUGUAUUUGUUAAAUUAAUGCAGGAUUAUAGACUUCGUGAACUUUUUAAACCAAGUAUGGCAGAAUUGGGCCUUUGUAUGUACCAGUUUGAAUGCAUGAUACAGGAGCAUCUUCCAGAGCUCUUUGUACAUUUUCAGUCUCAGAGUUUUCAUACCUCAAUGUAUGCAUCAUCCUGGUUUCUUACUAUCUUUCUUACAACUUUUCCACUACCAAUUGCAACAAGGAUAUUUGAUAUCUUUAUGUCUGAGGGUUUAGAAAUAGUGUUUCGAGUAGGACUAGCGCUUCUUCAAAUGAAUCAGACAGAACUGAUGCAACUUGACAUGGAAGGGAUGUUACAGCACUUUCAGAAGGUCAUUCCACAUCAGUUUGAUGGUGGUCCAGACAAAUUAAUACAAGCAGCUUACCAAGUGAAAUACAAUUCAAAAAAAAUGAAAAAGCUCGAGAAGGAAUAUACUACAAUAAAAACUAAAGAAAUGGAAGAGCAAGUUGAAAUUAAAAGGUUACGCACAGAAAAUAGACUUUUAAAACAGCGCAUUGAAACAUUAGAAAAAGAAAGUGCUUCCUUGGCAGAUAGAUUGAUACAGGGACAAGUGACAAGAGCCCAGGAGGCUGAGGAAAACUACCUCAUAAAACGGGAGUUGGCCACCAUCAAACAGCAGAGUGAUGAGGCCAGUGCUAAGCUGGAGCAAGCUGAAAAUACCAUCAGGAAGCUCCAGCACCAACAACAAUGGCAUAAAUGCAGUUCCAACUACAACGAAGAUUUUGUGCUACAGCUAGAGAAGGAAUUGGUCCAAGCCCGACUGAGUGAAGCUGAGUCUCAGUGCGCCCUAAAGGAGAUGCAAGAUAAACUUCUGGAUAUAGAGAAGAGGAACAACUCCCUUCCUGAUGAGAAUAACAUCGCAAGUCUUCAGGAAGAACUAAUUGCUGUGAAACUGAGAGAAGCAGAAGCUAUUAUGGGUUUGAAGGAACUUAGACAGCAAGUCAAGGAUUUAGAGGAACACUGGCAGCGCCACUUAGCUCGUACUACUGGGAGAUGGAAAGAUCCAGCUAAGAAAAAUACUGUGAAUGAAUUACAAGAUGAGUUGAUGACCAUUCGACUUAGAGAAGCUGAAACACAGGCAGAAAUAAGAGAAAUAAAGCAAAGGAUGAUGGAAAUGGAAACACAGAACCAGAUCAAUAGUAACCAUCUUCGAAGAGCAGAACAAGAGGUAAUCAGUCUACAGGGGAAGGUGCAGUAUCUUUCUGCACAGAACAAAGGACUACUUACUCAAUUAAGUGAAGCAAAGCGCAAACAAGCAGAGAUUGAAUGCAAGAACAAAGAAGAAGUGAUGGCUGUGAGACUUCGGGAAGCAGAUAGCAUAGCUGCUCUGGCUGAAUUACAACAGCACAUUGCUGAGCUUGAAAUUCAGAAAGAAGAAGGAAAGCUUCAAGGACAGCUUAACAAGUCUGAUUCUAACCAGUACAUUAGGGAACUGAAAGAUCAGAUAGCAGAGCUGAAUCAUGAGCUCAGGUGCCUAAAAGGCCAGAGGAGCUUCUCAGGCCAACCUCCUUUUGAUGGAAUCCACAUUGUCAACCAUUUAAUAGGAGAUGAUGAAUCAUUCCAUUCCUCCGAUGAAGAUUUUAUAGAUAAUUCCUUACAGGAAAGUGGCGUUGGUUUUCCUUUGCACAGAAAAUCUGUCCCGAUGUCUUUGGACCCUACUGUGGCAGGUGGUAGUGAGAGUGAAACAGAAGACAGUGUGUUGGAGACCAGAGAGAGUGAUCAAGUGGUUCAAAAGGAGCAGCCCCCAAGAAGAAAAGCAUCGUACUCAACCACUGUCUGACCGUCACUGUGACCUAGGCUGUGGAUUUCUUUAAGGGAUCAGUUAUCAUAUGAUUAGGGAUUUUUGAAAUAUAUCUGUUUCAUAUGUACAUAUAUAUUUUUUACAAUCCUAUCUGCCUUUUUAUCUUUGCCAGAUCUUCACCACUGACUUAACUGUUGCCAGAAAGUAGAUUGGAAUAUGGUUAAUGGGUAUAAUAAGGUUCUAACAGUAUUACUGAAUAUUAAUAUUUCUUGUUUAAAAAAUGCAACCAUAUCUAUAUGGGAGAACCAUUUUGAAGUUGAAAACUGUGGAAAGUUGAGUUUUCUUCAGACAAAACUGUUCUUGUGCAAUAUUUUAUGCUCAGUGAACAAAUUGUAUAUUUAUGUUUUCAGUUUAUUUUCAAGGUGGCUGUUAUUUGACCAAGAUGUACAUCGAUUACCUUGUGUUUUUGUGUUUUGGGGAUUUUUUAAAAUUAAAAGUACCAUUUUAUUAGUGGGCCACUGAAAGUUCCCAAACACAAAGCCUUUUUUCUGUAUAAUUUUUUAAACACAAAUUAAUGGCUUUUUUGAGAGUUUUAAGUUUUGUUUUCAUUUCUAAUUCUGUACAUAUGAUGCUUCCAUUUGUUGGUUACUGGUCAGAGUAGUACGUUAACUACCAGUAUAGUGUUUAUUUGUACAUAUUUAUAAAUCUGCAUUACCCAACACUGAACAUCAUUUUAUAUGAGGAACCAUACAUGCUGCAAAAUGACUGUUUUCAGCAUUCUAACAGGACUUCUGUAAAUAAUAGGUUGAAGGAAAAUUGAAAUGUAAAACCAAACACUAAUAUUUCAAUAGUUUUAGUAUUUUGCUUAGCAUUCAACACUAGCAGAUUCAUAACUGAUGCCUGUUCAUAGACACUAUUGGUGAAAUCUUUUACUUUGUGUGUAUGUAACUAAUAAAUUUUUCAUGAUUAAAGAGGUUCUAGCACAUACUACUUAGUGCUAAUAUUCUACUUAAUAUAAUUUAAGCAAUGGGCCAAGGUCCAAGAUACAUAGAAAUUAUAUCUGCAAAUAAUCUAUGAACAUUAUCUUCAGAGUCUUUAAUCUAUAGAUAAAGCCAUAAGAAUCCUUUCCUACAAAUUCUCUUUUUUUUUUUAUCAUUUAGAUUUUUUUCCCUAGAAAACCGAAUGCCUAUCAUUGGAGGGAAUACCCAAAUUACACUUAUACUAUGGAAAGACAACAGGAAUGUAUUCAAUGGAUACUUUUCACUCUCAUUUUUGUUAGCAGCCUGUGAAAAAAAUAGCCUUGGAGGGUAAAAAGAAAGUAGAAUUCAGUAUGUAUGGAGGUACAGUUUUGCACAGUAUGUUGCAUGCAGAAAAAAAAUUAUGAUGGAAUGGUAUAGAAGAAAUGAAAAUAGUUUUCUGUCUAAAACCAGGAGUUAAGCUUUAUGGUACACUGUGAACUAGGCUUUUUCAGCAAAACCAUUGUAGCUAUUUGAUUGUCUGAGAAAUCAUACUGAAAACAUGCCCUGUGUCUGUAGCACCAGGCUAAGUUCUAGUGUUUAAGUAAGUUACUUGUGGUCACAAGCUAGUAAGUAGCAGAGCCAGGAUUUUAAUCCGGGCCUCUCUGACACUAAAGCUUUUGAAAAGAUUCGGCUAAUGAAUUUCUCAAUUUCCUGCUUUUCUGACAAUGUGAUUUAAAUAAAUUUGAUUUAAAUAUGUUUCCUGAAUAUAUAUAUAUAGAGAUAAAUAGAUAGUCAGAUAGAUGGAUGAGGAUCAACACUCUUAAGCUCUACACAGUUUAUGAGGGUAGAUACUACACUUAGAAUCACCUGGUGCUUUGGAAUUCUCUUUUGGGGUUCUGUACUGUCAGCCAGAAGGCUUCCAGUGCCUAAGUGAAGUGAGAUGAUUCAUGACCACAUUACUGCUUUUAGCACCACUUCAAGAAAUCUCAGUGAUCUAGACCAGGGGUCAGCAAACUGCAGCCCACAAGUUAGUUCUAGUCAGCUGCCUGGUUUUUACUUUUUGAAAUAGUUGGGGGAAAAAUUCAAAAGAAUAAUAUUUUGUGUCACAGGAAAAUUAUAUGAAAUUCAAAGUUCAGUGUCUUUAAAUAAAGUUUUACUGAAGCAUACCCGUGCUUAUCCAGUUACAUGUUGUCUGUCGCUGCUUUGUGCUACAAUGCAGAGUUGAGUAGUUGUGAUAGAAACCAUAUGACUCACAUAGCCUAAAAUAUUUACUGUCUGGCCCUUUACAGAAUGUGUUUGCUAACCCUUGAUCUAGAAGUUCUAAAAUGUAGGUUUACUUCUUCAGUUUGGCUCAAUAGAAGAUGAAAUCAUAUGCUUUUGCUGUUGAGCUAAUGAUUUGAAGAUGUAAAAUUUCCUGGUGGAUCUUAUGCUCAGAACUAUUCAAAAUGGAAAGUGUCGUAGUUAUUUUAUAUGAUGAAGUCUUUUGAUUCCAUAGAAAAUUUGGAAGGAUACGUGUACCUUUGGAGGAGAAGGAAAGGAAAGAAUUCCAGAAUCCUAGCACUGUUCUUUAAAGCAUGCAUCAUUGACCUUUAGGAUAUGCUUCAUUGAGUAAAUGUUAUAAUUUGACUUAAUUAUAAGAACAUCUUUCUAGAAUCAUGCUUGAAUUCUAAACUUGGAAAGAUAUUCUUAGAGAAUUUUUUAAGAACGGUUUCUGGUUAGGAAUUAAGUGUUAUCCAUUGAUAAUGCUUGUAAUUUGGUUAAGGGAAAACUAGAAACAGCAUUCUUCUCACUCAAGGUCUUUGAUUCAAACACACUUUCAAAGAGUUUAAAAAUUUUCCUGGCGUUUAGGAUGCAAUAGAAUACUAUGCCCUGAUUUGAUUCCAUUUCAUUCAAAUUAAUAUAAGUAUGUUGUUCAAGACUUUGAGGUCUUGGACAAUGUUCUCUUGAUAGAUUUUAUUUAAUACUGAUAUUUUUGUGUCAUUUAAAUGUUAUUCAAUUAAGCACUUAGAAUUCAGGAAUAUUUGGUGGGGUGGGGGGAAGAGUAUGUAUGAAUGAAAUGACUCACAAUAGGAAAACUAGCUCCCUUGGGAUAGUUACCUUCCUGGUGCCAUUGCUAUCCUGGAUUGAAAUGCUAAGAGUAUAAACUAGAGGUGAUCUGAAUAAAAUGGAAAUUGCACUGAGGUAAUCAAACAGAUCUUUUAGAGCAAGAAAAUUCUUCAGCCUUUUAAAAAAUUAAUAGUAAACUUUUUCUUCCUGAAAAAGGAAGUCAUAGAUGUAAAU